UAUAACUAAAAGUUAAUUGUCAUCGUGUUCAAUAGAUGGCUAAGUCCAUGGCAAACUUGUUUUCAUGUGUUCUUCUGGUUUCAGUUUUUGUGUUUGCGGUGACAAUUGAAGUGGGUGAAGGUCGACAAUGUCACGAGACUUUGUCUAAUUAUUUGUGUGAGAGAGUUGACUUGUGUCAAUCGAUAUGUGAACAUCGUCACGGAGGGAUUGAAACAGCUUGGCAGCAUGGAUCUUAUUUGCGGGUACCAAACCCGACCCAACUCGGUCGGGUAGGGUUGCCAACCCGAUCCGCUGUGGGUAAGGUUGGGCACGGAGCAGGUUGGCCUGCGGAGCGAGUAAGGUAGGAUCGGAUACCCGUGGGUUGAGCGCGAAUAGAGUUAGAGUUGGAUAUUUCUCAACUCGCGAGUAAGAUAGGAUUGAGUGUUAG